AUGGCCCUCAAAUCGCGGUUUCACCGACUGGACGCAUUCACAAAGACGGUCGAAGAUGCGCGGGUGCGGACGACCUCCGGCGGCAUCGUGACGAUCGCCUCCAUCCUUAUUAUUUUAUACCUGGUGUGGGGGGAAUGGAGCGAUUACAGGAAGAUUUUGGUGAUGCCGGAGUUGAUUGUGGACAAGGGGCGAGGCGAGAAGAUGGAAAUCCACCUCAACAUCUCGUUCCCCCGCAUCCCUUGCGAAUUGCUCACUCUCGAUGUCAUGGACGUCUCGGGCGAGCAGCAGACGGGCGUCGUCCACGGGGUCAACAAAGUGCGCCUUUCCUCCGUCGCCGAGGGUUCUAGCAUCAUCGACACGACCGCCCUGAUCCUGCACAGUCAACAGGACAAUGCCGCGCACCUGGACCCGGAGUACUGCGGCUCCUGCUACUCCGCCCCUUCGCCACCCAAUGCCACGAAACCGGGCUGCUGCAAUACCUGUGACGAAGUGCGCGAGGCAUAUGCCAGCAACAGCUGGGCGUUCGGACGAGGCGAGGGUGUGGAACAGUGCGAGCGGGAAGGGUAUGGUGAGAGACUCGACGCCCAACGCAAGGAAGGGUGUCGCAUCGAGGGCGUCAUUCGCGUGAACAAAGUCGUGGGUAAUUUCCACAUCGCGCCCGGUCGCAGCUUCUCGAACGGGAACAUGCACGUGCACGACUUGAACAAUUACUUUGAUACACCUGUCGAGGGCGGACACACGUUUACACACGAGAUACAUUCCCUGAGGUUUGGCCCGCAGUUGAGUGACGACGACGUCGGGGUGACGGCGAAAUGGAGUGAUCAUCACCAUUCGAAUCCCUUGGACGGCGUGAAGCAGGAGACGGAAGAACCCGGGUUCAAUUUCAUGUAUUUCAUCAAGGUGGUGAGCACGAGUUAUCUACCUCUGGGUUGGGAUGAGGAUCGGAGCGUGAAACAGCACUCGUCCCUCGCGGAUUUGAUCCCGCUGGGCAUGCAGGGCAAGGGUGCGGGAAGUCAGGGGUCGAUCGAGACACAUCAGUACUCUGUCACAUCGCACAAGAGGUCUUUGAGUGGUGGCAAUGAUGCCGCCGAGGGACACAAGGAGAGACUCCACGCGCACGGAGGCAUUCCCGGCGUGUUUUUCAGCUACGACAUCUCGCCGAUGAAGGUGAUCAACCGGGAGGCGAGGCCCAAGACCUUUGCCAAUUUCUUGACGGGGGUUUGUGCGGUGGUCGGGGGGACGUUGACGGUGGCGGCGGCGAUCGAUAGGGGGUUGUACGAGGGCAGUACGAGGUUGAAGAAGGUUCAUCAGGGGUGA